AUUAUCAAUGAUAGUAUGAAAUUCAAACAGUGCAGUUGGCUAAAGUGAUUUAAGUUAUGAAUAUUGUGAGAUUAAAAUAAAAUUUAAAGCCAACAGUUAAAUCUUUCAUGCAUAAAACCGACGAACAUCAAAGUGAAUCUGUUUGGGAUAAAAUAAUGCAAAAAUAAUGAUUUAACAAAAAAAUCAAAUAACAAAAAUUCAUAUGCUAUGUAGUUAUUACUAUUUUUACUUUCUUCGUAACUUACAUUACUUGAGAUUUUGACUGUUAAUGUUGAUGACCCCUAGUUGUGAAUUCACAUUUCCAUACGAACGUGAAAUAUGAAAGUGAAAGAUCAUUUGAAUUAAUGGAAGCAUCGGAAAAUGUAUAAGCCACCACUCAUUAUGGAUUCUUAUAAUUUUGUGUCGCCGGAAGGAGACUACAAUGUUUCCGACGUAAACAAUCGAUCAGCUACCAUAUUUGCCAUCAAUCCGGAUUUUAUUGCGCAAUGGAAGCUUAAGAGGAAACAGGAAAAAAUAUGUGGAGAGUUCGAUUCGCAAUUGGACAUGUUAAAUUAUCCUGAAUGCUUAAAUAUACUUGCUAAUUUCCUCGAUUUAAAACAAAAAAGUAUUUCAAUUGUGUCGUCUGAAUUUCUAAAACCAAUUGGAUCAAAUAGUAGACUAAAUGGGAGCGACUUCAGUUUUUCGCUGGACACCACGCUCAUUGCGACUGGCGUUAGUAGUAUUAAAGAAUUUGAACAUUUGAAUUCAUAUAGUAACUUCACUCUCUUCAGUUGGUCAAAUGAAUCCACACAUUCUUAUGGCAACGAAAGCUCAAAUUAUUUCCCGGGUGAAAAUUUCUCCAAAGUCCCUUAUCAUUUUGAUAUCAUUGAUGAAAGCAUCAUGCAAGUGUUACCACCUUUUGAUCUUUGGCAAACAAUAUUUAUCGCAAUUUGCUUAGCAAUUUGUAUAAUUCUAACCAUUGGUGGCAAUAUACUAGUACUAUUAGCAUUUAUUGUUGAUCGAAACAUAAGACAACCAAGCAACUACUUUAUUGCCUCUCUAGCUGCAACUGAUAUGCUUAUCGGAACUGUGUCGAUGCCUUCUACACGGUGUAUGUGCUAAUGGGAUAUUGGAAUUUGGGCCCUCUACUCUGCGAUCUUUGGCUCUCUGUAGAUUAUACUGUAUGUCUGGUGUCGCAGU